AUGUAUUUCUCCAAGGGUGUUAUUGCCGUGACGGCUUCCUUCGUGUCCCUUGGUCUCGCUGCCGACCCUCUAUCCUUCACUUCCUGGCCCAAGGAGCCUCUCCAACCUGGCAAGCCGGUCACCCUCACAUGGACUGGUGCGACUCCUGGUCAGCCUGUGACCAUCCUCCUCCGCCAAGGUUCCUCGGGCGAUCUGCAGGAUGUCAAGCCAAUCACUACCGAUGGAAAGGGCGGCACCUUCACCUGGACUCCUGACAACGAUGUCAAAUCGGGCGACACCUAUGCCUUCCAAAUCUUGCAGAAAGACCAGACUAACUAUACCGCUCUGCUUAAGUCGGCCGGCAAGCCCGCGGCCGAUAUUCCCGAGGCUAAGGAUACCACCGAAACUGGCACUGCUACUUCUACUGCUGCAGCCACCGGUACCUCUACUGGUGCUACUGAUACCUCCACUGGUACUUCUGGCACCACCACUGGCACCGAAAACACUACUGGCACUAGUACUGGUACCACUGCCCAGACCACUGAUGCCCCUAACACCCAGACCACUGGUACUACCGAAACAACGCAUGGAACCCACACCACAAUGACUAGCACUGCCAGCAAGGCCCUCAUCAACUCUGCUGUCAACUCAUCAGGCAGCCCUUCUAGCUCUUCUCACGUCAGCUCAACCGAUAAGCCGAUGGCUACCAGCACCGAGGUUGUCGAUGGUAAAAAAGCAUCCUCAACCGGAAGCGUGCAGACUGGUGCUGCUUCUAUCCCACAAUACUCCGUGCAAUUGGUGAUGGGUAUUGCCGGUCUUUUGGCCUGCCUUGUCUAG